AUGCUCCGACCACAGACCCUCCUCAGAGCCUCCAAGGCUGCCGCCAUGGCCCCCCGUGUUGGCGUCAGAAAUGCGUCCUCCCUUGCUUCUAUCCCAGCUAAGGCUGCCGGAUUUGUCAACUGCACCAUCUUUUGGGCUAAGGUUGUUGGCGAGCUGGCUAAGCAGGUCUACAUCAAGGAGGGCCUUGCUCCUCCUACCCAGGCCCAGAUCACCUCUGUCUUUGAGCUCAUCAAGAAGUCCGCCAUCGAGGCUGCUUCCCGCCCCAGCGCCUUCAUUGAGUCUGUUUCUCAGGUCAACAAGGUCCAGGUCGCCGUCAAGGGCACUGUCGCUCUUGUCCAGAUCCUGGGUCUCUUUUCGCUGGGCGAAAUUGUCGGCCGCCGCCACGUUGUCGGCUACAAGCACUACUAG